AUGUCUCCCCCUCCUCCUCCAGCCCACGGCCCGGCCUUCGAGUCCGCGAUCAAAGUAACUCCCCUCAGCUCGCACCGCUACUCAGCCCAUCUUCGCAAAGAAUGGUGCAUCGGAGCAGUCCCCCACGGCGGCUACACUACCUCCGUCCUGUACCGUCUCGCCCUCGUGCACUUCGCGCACACCCACCCAGAUCUCUACAAGAACAGUCCCGCGACCCCGAUCUCCAUGCAACUAGCCUUCCUCCGCCGCACAGCGGCAGGUCCCGCCGUGCUGAAAGUCGAGGAUACGAAGCUGGGACGGCGGACGAGCACUCUACAUGUGAUGCUGCUCCAGAAGCCUGAUAGCGGCAAGCGGAAGCAAUCGCAGUCGUCUACUACGGAAGGGAAGAACGGUGAGGAUGACGAGGACCUCGAAGUCAAGGUGGCAGGAUACAUUACCGUUAGUCCCGCGGACGCUGAAGAGGGACUUAGUGUUACGACUGGGUGGAAGGUUAGCAGUCCUGCGCCGGCGGCUGGAUCGAAUGGAGAUGGGUCGGUGAACUUCGGGACGUUAGGAAGGACAGGGCGUGAUGGGGCGUGGGGGAAGCUUAUACCGGAGCAUUCGGGGUUCCGGAAGGCGACGGGGCAGACGGAGUUCUAUGUGCCUGUUCAGCUUAGUGAGGAGGAGAGGAAGCAGAGGAAGAUGAAUGUGGAGCAGUGGGUGAGAUUCCGGCCUGCGGGGGAUGUGAAUGCGCGGUGGACUAAUGAGGCGCUGGUGUAUUUGACGGAUAUGUUUCCUGCGGCGUUGGCUGGCUUUGAUGAUGCGGCGGAGGAGGCGGCGGUCGGGGGUGGGAAGGGGUUGUUUUGGUUUCCCACGGUCACGUUGAAUAUUGAUCUGAAGAAGAGGUUGCCGGAGGAAGGGGUCGAGUGGUUGUAUAGUCGGGUGUAUACGAAGAAGGUGCGGGAUGGACGCACGGAUUUGGAUGUCACGGUGGUGGAUGAUAAGGGGGAUGUGGUGGCGUUGAGUACGCAGGUGGGCUUGGUGUUGAGUGCCAGUCGCAAUAUCGGGUCUCGUGCGAAGUUGUAG